GAGUUUGUUGUGGUUUGGUUUUCGUGGUGAAAGAUAUGGCGUUGUUGGUGUAAUUUGCGACGCGUAGACUUUCGGUCAUUGCUUUGUUGGUGCGGCUGCAGCAGAUAAAGGCGGCAUGAGCGAUCGAGCGUUUGAAAACGAAUUCAGUGACUAUCAUGCGGGGAAGUCGGAUGUGGUGCUUCCUGAUGGCAGGUGGACGCAAGAGUUUCAGAAGGACAUUCAGAGAAACAUUUCUGAUCGCCUUCGAGAACUGGAGCGCAACCUCGCAAAACGCACCGAUUGGUCAGAUUCUUCGGUCUACACAGGCACAACAGGUGUGGCUCUGAUGUACAUGCGCCUGUCUGAUGUCCUGCAAGACACGUCUUAUCUGAACCGGGCACUGCCGUUGGUAGAAAGACAGCUUUCAAACCUGAAGGAGCGUCGCUUCUCCUUCCUUUGUGGUGACCUGGGACCCCUGGCCACUGGAGCUGACCUCUACAAUCGUCUUGGAAGGUCCCAGGACUCUCACACCCUGAUCAAAAGGCUUGUGGGCCUAGGCAAAUAUGUGGUGUCCUCUACCUCCGACAUUCCCGAUGAGUUGCUGUAUGGGAGAGUUGGCUACCUUUAUGCACUGCUGUACGUCCGCAAGCACGUGUCACCGACUGCUGUUGAUGAUGGCCUGAUCAGAAAUGUGGUUCAAGCCGUCCUGUCCUCGGGCCAGGAGCUGUCGGCUGAGGAAAAAAGCCGCAGCCCACUUAUGUACCAGUGGCACGAUUCCUUCUACCUUGGUGCUGCCCAUGGUCUGGCAGGCAUCUUCUACAUGCUCCUGCAGGUGCGGUCUGUGCUUACCGAAGCUGAGCUGACCAGGCUUGUGAAACCAAGCAUCGACUGGCUGGCCGGGCUUCAGUACCCGUCUGGCAACUACCCUUCUUCGAUUGGAAGCAGCACCGACAAGCUUGUGCACUGGUGCCACGGGGCUCCCGGCACCAUCCACUUGCUGCUUCUAGCACACUUAGUGUUCAGAGAGGCUCGCUACUUGGAGCAGGCCAAGAAAUGCGCUGAUGUCAUCUGGCAACGUGGCAUCCUCAAGAAGGGCUACGGCGUUUGCCAUGGGACAGCGGGCAAUGGUUAUGCCUUCCUGCGCAUGUACCAGGUCACCCGAGACUGCAAGUAUCUGCACCGGGCAGCCAAGUUCUGCGAAUGGUGCUUCGACUAUGGGCAGCACCAGUGCCGCGUCGCAGACAGACCGUUCUCCCUCUUUGAAGGCAUGGCAGGCACCAUCUACUUCAUGGCAGACAUGCUGGAGCCAGAAAAGUCUGCAUUCCCCGCUUUCCAGCUUUGCUGAAGUCCCAUCCGCAUCGUGGUGUGUGUUCCGCUGCAACAGCUCAUCUAAACAUAAUUGUCUUGUGGUGCCAGUGCAUGUGAAAAUACGGAAAAUAAAAAUUCCUGUGUUGUGGGAACGCCAUGAAAUGCGGAACG